AUGUUGUCCGACCAGGAGCUGGCCCAGUACGUGGAGUCCCUCGUUCAGCACACCGCCGCGCAGGGCGGCACCGGGAUAUCGGCGGAUGCCGUGGUGCGCCAGCUCGGGGCGCAGCUCGGCGUCGACCUCUCCCCCAAGGCGCAGCUCAUCCGCAGCGUCCUCGUCGCGCUCCUCGGCCCCGCCGCCGCGCCGGCGCCGGACCACGCGGCCUCGCGGAAGGACCCUUUCGACCCCGCAACCGCCGGCGGCGGCGGCGGCGGCGGGGCCCGCGCCGAGGGUCCUGCGCAGCAGCUGCCCUUCUCCACCUCCGCCGUCGCGUCGUCGGCCCCCGCCCCGUCGCCCGCCGUUCCCCACUUCUUCCCGCAGCAGCACCAGCACCAGAUGCAGUCUUUCCUCUCCGCCCCGCAGCAGUAUCAGCAGCACCAACGUUCCGGCGCGCCUCCCUCGCCGUUCGACGUCCCCGCGUCGUACCGCUACGGGCACCAGCCCUUCCCGCAGGCCGACCAGGCGCAGCUGCAGAGGCUCGUUCAGCUACAGCAACAGCAACAGCAGUUGGCCGCCGCGGCGAGAGCGGCGGCUGCAGCGGCACCCACUCCGGCGGAGAGCCCCCGUGCGCGGGAGCCGGCACCGGCGCCGGCUGGCUCCAAGAAGGACAGCAGUGCUAGUGCUGGAGCAAAACGAAGAGGUGGUCCUGGAGGGUUAAACAAAGUCUGUGGUGUGUCUCCAGAGCUGCAAGCUAUCGUUGGUGAACCAGCCAUGGCUAGAACUGAGAUUGUUAAGCAGCUUUGGGCGUACAUUCGCAGGAACAAUUUGCAGGAUCCUAACAAUAAGAGAAAGAUUAUAUGCAAUGAUGAGCUCCGAUUAGUUUUUGAGACUGAUAGCACAGACAUGUUCCAGAUGAAUAAGCUUCUAUCUAAGCAUAUACGUCCUCUGGAGAGUAAAAAUGAUUCGAAACGAGCAGCAAAGAAAUUGAAGCCAGAGGGUGGUGAACCAAUUCCUUCGGUUGAAACUGAUGUUAACCAAUUUCCCCUUACGGUUUCUGAUGCUCUUGCUACCUUUUUUGGUACGGGAGAAAGAGAAAUGGUCCAUUCUGAGGCUGUUAAGCGUGUCUGGGAUCACAUUAAAAGCAAUAAUUUAGAGGAUCCAGAGAAUCCUACAGUGAUACUAUGCGACUCGAAACUUAAACAACUCUUUGGAUGUGAUAGUCUUACUGCUCAUGGUGUCUCUGAGUUGCUUUCAGAACACCUUUACAAGCAAUCUACCAAGAUCUGA